AUGAUGCUCAGCCUCCACCAUUCUUUGAAGAAAUGCCUCAUGACUGGUUAAAAGAGCAAGCUGAUUACUAUGAGGAAGUCUUAACUAACUAUCGGGCCAAAUGUCCUAGAUUACAAGAGCUUAAGAAAAAAAUGCGAUGCCAAAAUAACAGAAAGCCAUCAGAUAUUAUCUUAUCAGCAUAUAUACUUUUCCGAAGAAUUGCUUCCCAAAAAUGCUUAAAAAUUCAUCAAGUAAAAUAUCCCAAAAUUCCAAUCCCAUUAAUUUAUAGGCCAAAAGAUAGACACAAACAGAAUUGUCUUGUUCAAAUUCCCGGCUUAUCUGAAAAGAAGGAGUUAGUAAAAAAUGAUAUAGUAUAUUUGCCCUUAAAUAUACUUCCUGACAAGUUCUUAAAAGAUAUAUUAGUAGAUAAAAAAGUCAUAGAUUGGGAACUCAGAUACGCAAUAACGAUUUAUACUAGUCAAGGAAUGACUCUUAAGUCACCACAACGUGUUUGGGUCAUUGAUGAAAACCUAGCCUGGGAUAAUCUAAUAUAUUUGGCAGUUGGUUAUGUAGAAUAUUUAAGCCAACUCAUUUGGGUUGAAGCACCUCCAUUACCUCCUGAAAUUGCCCAAGAGAUUGAGGAGGCAAAAAAGAAAAAACGGCUAGAACACAAAUUGAGGCCGUCUAUUCAGAAAAAACUUAUCGGAUAUAUGGGCUAG